UAGAGGAAGACAGGUGGCGUAAACAUACAAAGGAAAUCUUUUCUUUCCUCCCUUCAAAUAGUGAAGCCAAACGACGCUUUUUCUGUACUGUUCUUUCUCAAAAGGAAAGUCGUUUUUUGUUUUUUCCCCAACCGGUUGGGGUGACGUCAGUCUGUCAGUAAGAGUCAGGUGAUGUACACUAUAAGCAGAGGGAGCUCUCCCGGUGCUGAAAACAGUCUGUAAACUCGGAGCGAAUGGAUAUAGUCAAUAUCAUGCUUUAAAUUGCCUCAGACACAGGAAACAUUUCAAAUAUGGCUGAUAAAAUCUCCUGCCUUGGAAUACUUUUGCCUCUUGUCCAAGGUUUUCUGAUGAUCUCUUAUGCCAAUGCCGCUUCAUUUCAACGUUUUCAAAACAUUCAAAAUGAUCCAGACUAUGUAAUGAAAAACCUGCAAAGGCUUCCAAGCCCAGAUAUGAUCAAAGCUCUGGAAUACAUAGAAAAUCUAAGAAAACAAACCAGCAAUAUAGAAAGUCCAGAUUAUAAUUCCUUUCAAAAUGCUCCAUUUGUUCUACAGUCAAAAGAAAGCAAAAACCAACGCUAUUUAUCCGACAACCAAAGGGAGACUUUCCCGGAAGAUGAUUCCCAGUGGGUUAAGACAAUGUUGGAAACCCUAAGACAAAGAGAGAAAGAAUCAAAAGUUGUCUCAAAAGAAAAUAAACUUAAUCCCCUGAAUUCAGACAAUAUCUUUCUGGAUGGAAUAAUGGAUGAUUAUGAUGAUCGUACUUGGCCUGCCCCAACACAUAAAAAAUUUAAGGUGCCACAUACCUACAUUGAAGGUAAUUCAAGAGAUAGUCCUUACAAAAGAACAAAUGAAAUAGUGGAAGAACAGUACACACCCCAAAGUCUCGCCACUUUAGAAUCUGUAUUUCAGGAGCUGGGGAAAAUGAUGGCACCUCAUAAUCUGAACAAAGAAAGGUUUAAUGAGGAACAAAAGCUAUAUGCUGAUGAGGAAGAUGACGCUUUUAAAGGAAAUAACAUUGCUUAUGAAGAUGUGGUUGGAGGAGAGGACUGGAACCCAAUAGAAGAAAAAGUGGAAAGUCAAACUCAAGAAGAAAUAAGAGAUAGUAAAGAAGAAAUUGAGAAAAAUGAAGAGAUAAAUGAUGACAUAAAGAGAGCAGGUAUCCUGGAAGAUGACUUGAAAAAAGAGAAUAAAAAUCAAGUCCUGGAAGAUGUUUCACAGUUGAUGGAUUAUUAUUUGAAAAAGAUGAUAAAUAGGCCAGGAGGGAAUAUAUUGGGAAUCAACCAAAAUGAAGACAAAAGGGCGGUCAAAUACUUUGAAAAACAGCUUGAUCCUCAAGCAGUUUAUCAGUUGAUAGAAAUCUCAAGAAAUUUACAGAUCCCACCUGAGGAUUUAAUUGAAAUGUUGAAAUCCGGAGAUACACAUCAGAAUGAAAAGGAACAAGAACCUGAACUGAUUGAAGAUAUUGAUGAAAUUCCUGAAAUUAAUUUAGAAAAGUCAGACUUAUUCAAAAAUAAGAUGGAUUCCUUACAUGGUUAUCAAAAGCAAAGAUUUAAUGUUCUCCCAGAUAAUCUGCCAGAAAACCUGAAUGUUGAAGACAUUAUAAAUCUUUUAGGGAUGGAAAAUGUUGGCAAUCAAAAACCUCCUUAUCCUGGACAUCAAAUAAAUCAAGAAAAUGGAUUGCCAAAAUGGUACCUGCCUGCAAGAUCUGAUCAAAAGAUACUGUCCAAAGUGGCCUGGCUUAACCGUUUAGAAAGGCAACUGAAACAAGAAUCAUUGAAUGGAAAAGAAGAAGAGUUGUCAGACUAUUUAGUCAAGAUGUUGACAAAGUAUCCUGAAGUUAUCAAUGCAGGUCUGAAGAAAGAAAUUCCACUCGCAGUUUCAUCUGAACAUGACCAUCUAGACCAAAUAGGAAGUCAUGAACCAGAUAAAUUCACUUUAUUCAGCAAAAGGCUGCCAAUGGCUAAAGAGAAUGAUGACACCCAGAACAGGCCAUAUAUGGAUGAAGAGAUGCUAGCAAAAGUUCUGGAAUAUCUAAACCAGGAAAAGUCUGAAAAGGGGAGAGAACACAUUACCAAAAGGGCAAUGGAAAACAUGUAGUUGUUUAAAUAUUAUUUCUCCUCGUUGGAUUAAAUUAUAGCCCAAUUCAGUUGUGAUUUACUUUUUUUUAAGAAUUUGAGGCAUGUUCAGGCAUUAUACCUAGCUGCUUUUUGCCCACAAGAAUUCUGGCACUUCCCUUUUCAUGAGUAAUAUUACUUGUAUGAAAGAAGAGCUUAUGGGCCUCAAUGAUAGCUGCUCCUGUAGUCUCUGCAUGUGGUUUUGAACAUCAGCAAUUGCAGGAGCUUCCACAGGUGAGAUCUGUGAGCUCCCAGAAAAUGCUCUAUAUUGCUUGUGGAAAUGAUUGUGCCCAGAUGACUCCUUCAGGUGCAAAAGUAGUUUGGUUUUGUGUCUCAAUUGGUCACCAUGAUGGAUGAUUUGGCACUGAACAGUCUGUAUAAACUCCUAUGAGCUGUUCUGUGGUUUGUGAGUAUCUCUAAAUGUUUGAAAACUUGAUCAAAUAACAAAUUUCUUCAAUUUUUUUAAGAAACAAGUUUAUGAAAUAAAAACUGUCAAACAGUAAAUCUUGAGACAUCUUGAUCAAAGCAGAUUGGCCAACAAAAUAGGGGUUUUUUAAAUGAAUUGAAAUAUUUUGUUAUUGUCUGUAGUGUUUUUUUGUGAAGUACCAAAUAAAAAUAAAGCAUUCAUAUACAUAUAAUAUAUACAGUAUAUAUAUAGUUUUAUUUACAAAGCUUUUUCUAUUCUGUGUUUUAAGGUCAAUGAAUAAAUAUUAUUUCUGGACAAUAGACUGUGUUUUGUUUUGCCUGAAUUAAACUGUUUGUUUACAAGGUUAGCUUAGGUAAAAUAAUUGUCCUUUAAAGAAUAAUCAUUUUAAUUUUCCAGUGAUCGCAAACAACUAUACCAUUUAAUGAUGUCACUUUUUCAAAAUCAGCUCUCAAAUACAUUACCAAUAGAACACUAUGUUUUAUAAAUUAACAGUAGUUGGUAGAAACAUUUUAUCUGAGGAUAACUAACUGAAGAAGGAGAAAAAUCCAUAAUUCAUCUUUAAGCCUCUCUUUCUGUUUCUAUAAUAUUAUAAUGUUGCGUGAAGUAAAAUAUCAACUCUAAAACUCAUUUGUAAAUAUUGUAUCAAGGGAAGAUAGUUGAAGUCUAUGAAUUAAAUUGACAUCCUUGAUUAAUUAUAAAUAAUACACUGAGAUAAAACCAAACUAUUUUUUUCAUUCUUUUUGUAAUUUGAAAAUUAAAAUUAGUCAUCUAUUAUUUAAGUUUCAUUGUCACCAUCCAAAAGACACAAAAGGUGCAAUAGUCAUCAACUUAGAUUAGGCAAACUGGAUAGCAAUAUAUCAAUUAGCAUUAAAUGGCAGAGCAAAGGAGAUUUCUUCUAUUUUGUUUAUUGAUUACCCAGGGAGAAAUUAAAAUUAGGCUGAUAUAUUUGAUGGGAUUUUAGUCAAUUUUAGAGACUUUUAGAAUACUUUAUUUUAAGUAUAAAAUCAACUCUCAUCAAUUCUUUGUUGGCACUGCAAAACAAAUCAACCCACAAACUCUAUUAGUCUUUGAUAGGAAAUUCAGGGUAGGGAAUUAAGGAUAAAAUGUCAUGCCAAGUGUAUACAUUUAUUUCUGCAUCGUUUAUGGAUGAGGUUCAUAAAAUAGAGCUGAGGAUGUUCAUGUCUUUUAUUACUAUACCAUCCUUGGUUUGCUCUAGUGAAUUGAGGACAUGGUAUUUUAUACAAGGAAGAUAUAGAAGAAAACAAUUCUAGUGUGUGACUUAAAUAUAGCCCAUAUUCUCUGCCAGCCUUUCUCCAUUUGUUUCUCUCUACUGACUCCA